AUCCUCCCAAAGCCCAGAAUCUCAAUGAAUCCUGCUGGGGAGGUUACCUGGGGUCAGAAUGUCGGCAUCACUUGUUUGGUCUCAACUCAAACUCAACAGCUUUUGAGUGCAACAUUCACUUUGAGAAAGACUUCAGGUUCAUUCAGAAAGACCCAAAGUUCGAGUUCCAACUCUGCUAUGUUUAAAAUACCUAAAGUCAACUUUAAUGACGAAGGAUCGUACCAGUGUCAGUAUCGGACGACAGUUUCGAGUCAAGACUUCAGCUCCCCCUUAAGUGACUCCAUCAGACUUUCUGUUACUGUGAUUCUCCCAAAACCCAGCGUCUCUAUGAAUCCUGUUGGUGAGGUUACUUGGGGUCAGGAUGUCAGCAUCACUUGUUCAAUCUCAACUCAGCAUUUAGGUGGGACAUUCAUUCUGCAGCAGACCUCAGGCUCAUUCAGGAAGACUCAAACAUCAAGUACCAACUCGGCUACUUUUAACAUUGUCCAAGUGGACUUUGACAAUGAAGGAUCGUACCAGUGUCAGUAUCAGACGACGGUUUCAAGUCGAGACUUCAGCUCCCCCUCAAGCGACUCUGUCAGACUCUCUGUUGCUGUGAUUCUCCCAAAACCCAGCGUCUCUAUGAAUCCUGUUGGUGAGGUUACUUGGGGUCAGGAUGUCAGCAUCACUUGUUCAAUCUCAACUCAGCAUUUAGGUGGGACAUUCAUUCUGCAGCAGACCUCAGGCUCAUUCAGGAAGACUCAAACAUCAAGUACCAACUCGGCUACUUUUAACAUCGUCCAAGUGGACUUUGACAAUGAAGGAUCGUACCAGUGUCAGUAUCAGACAAAGGGACCAAGUCGAGACUUCAGCUCCCCCUCAAGCGACUCUGUCAGACUCUCUGUUGCUGUGAAACUCCCAAAACCCAGCGUCUCUAUGAAUCCUGUUGGUGAGGUUACUUGGGGUCAGGAUGUCAGCAUCACUUGUUCAAUCUCAACUCAGCAUUUAGGUGGGACAUUCAUUCUGCAGCAGACCUCAGGCUCAUUCAGGAAGACUCAAACAUCAAGUACCAACUCGGCUACUUUUAACAUCGUCCAAGUGGACUUUGACAAUGAAGGAUCGUACCAGUGUCAGUAUCAGACGACAGUUUCAAGUCGAGACUUCAGCUCCCCCUCAAGCGACUCUGUCAGACUCUCUGUUGUUGUGCCACUGCAGCAGCCCAACAUCUCCCUGACAUCUCCUAACAGAGGGCUGGUCUGGAGUCCUAAAGGAGCAGAGGUCACCAGGGGUUACAGCUUCAUCUUCACCUGCACCACUUCCUCCUUUUAUCCUGGAGGUGUAUUGUCUCUCAUCUUCUCUGACUCCAACAUCACCGACACCAAGCCAGCAGUCAACCACUCAGCCUCCUUUACCUUUCCUGUAGCUGAGUAUGAACACCAGGGAAACUACAGCUGUGUGUAUGAAGUCACACUGUCCUCAAGGAAAUUCAGUUCUACACAGAAAGCACCCAUUAGUGUCAUCAUUAAAAUGCCUUUGUUGCCACUGGUCUCCUCAGUAGCUGCUGGGGGUCUGCUGUUGGUCCUGCUGGUCUUGAUAGUGGUCUGUCUGGUCUACAAGAGAAGACAACAAACCAAGUGUCCUGGAACUCUCGUCCAAACUCAAAUGCCUCUCAGAGUCAGGAACGUUUAUGGAAGUGAUGAGGAUGAGGAUGAAGAGGAUGACUAUGAGAAUGCUGAUCCAAUGGAAACCAAGAGGAAAUUCAAAGAUGGAGCGGCGAGAAUGGAGGAAGAGGAGAUUAAUGAUUAUGAGGAUCCAGAGAGUGAUGACGAUCACGAUUAUGAGGGAGCAUGCACCCAUGCAAAUUUCAUAAAAGCCAAGGAGGACUGUUUCAGUGUCGAGGAGAGCACGGGAGAGGAAGAAGAAGAAGAAGAAGAAGAAGAAGAAGAAGAAGAAGAAGAAGAAGGAGAGGAUGAAGAAGAUGAAGAAGAAACCAGUGAUGAUGAAAACAUCUAUGAAAAUGUAAACCAGCCCUUUGAUGAACAAAGUGUGUCCAUCUAUGGAGAAGAAGAGGAUAUUUAUCAAAACUUUUGAGGUGUCCAGUGGUCAUCAGUGUCACAGUGGUUGCCAUGGAAAAAGGACUAAUUUUUUGACCCUGUGCAAUCAAUUUCACCAAAUAAAUGGAAUGUUGAAAUCUUAAAGUGGAGAUCAAACACUGAAAACUAUGUCUGCGGUUCAUUGGAUUUUUACCUUAGACAAAAUAUAGCACUGUAAUCAAACUUGCAUCUAGAUUUGCUAACAAAAAAAAAAAAAAAAAGGUAGAUUGCAUAUCAUUUCUCAUUAUCAGGGUGCAGCCAUCUUUCAACAAGCUAGUUUGUGACAUCACCAGAAUGGUAGUUUACUAGGAGCGCUGGGUACAACACUGUACUUCAGACUAGUUAAGUGUUGAUAAAAUGGAGUUAGAGAGUUUUGAUGAGACACAAAGAACCACAGACAGUUAUGCUUUUUAAGCCAACUAGACCAAACAUAGUGGUACGACCUGUUUCCAUGGAAUUGGACAACAGCAGCUAACUUGAAAAUGAAGAGCAGCCUGAACUUGACUAAUGUUAUGUUUAAUGUCAGGUCGCAGCAGCUGACAAUCCACAAUAAAUACCAAAUAUGUGCUCUAUAACUGUUUCCAUCAAGUAGUCAGUCCACAACAAUGGUGUGUGAGGCUUAUGAC